ACCCCCGGGCGGAGAGACACGCGGCUCCCGGGCUUCCCUCUCCCUCUCGGGGGUGGGGUGGCCAUGCUGCCGCGUGUCGGGGGACGGGACGGGACCCGAGAGGGCUGGGCGCCCCGAGGAGCCUCCUCGGCGAGCGGGGUGGGGGCCUGGCGCUGCGUUGCGGCAGAUGGCAGCGAGCGGGGGCCUCUUCCUCGGGUUCGCUUUCCUGCUUUUGAAUCCGGAUUGAACAGGUGGAGCGGGGCGGCGCGGCUUCGGCUUCUCUCGGGCUUUUCCUUGGACGAGGCGAACGAAGCCUUGCCGCCCCUCCUGGCCUCCAUGGCGGGGGGCGAUGGCUGGACGGGGGCGGGGCUGGACAUCUUGGAGAGUCUUCUCAGUUUCAGAAGAAGGCAGUGACGCUUCCCCCCCCCCACUUCCUGCUCCCAUGGGACGGUCCUGCGGGGGCGGGGGCUGAUUCCCGGGGGGGGGGAGUGAUAUGUCAGACACGGAAACCGGUGCCCUGGAACAGUCCUGGCCACACUUUCCCUCGCCACACUUUGUGCUCCAGCAACAAACAAACACACACACACACACACACCGCUUCCUGCGGAGUCUGCAGGUGCCCUUUGCAGGCAAGGAGCACAGCAGGUGGUUUGGGUUCCCUGCAAGCAUCAAGGCAUUUAAUAAGUACCUCCCUCCCCCCCCCCAUCUGAAACAUUGUGCUGUGGAGAAGAGCUCCAAGCUAGGCCAGGCCAGGGAUGCUUCAGCCUGUAAAAAGGACACCCCCCCAAAGGCAACAGAAGACUGGCUGUGUAUUUGCUCCCACUUCCCAGUAAAAUUAUGUAUUACUAAAAUGUUACCUUUUUGAAUCCAUUUGCUGUGCUCUUCAGGGUAACUUGUAAACAAGUGUCAUUGCUUUCAAAGGAAUGUUUAGGAUAGGGCACUUAGGGUGUCAGAGGAUUUGAAUUAAUGUGCAAAUGUGCUAUUGUAAGUUAAAGAUCACCUGCUGCUUCAUGUCAUUGUUUGUGCAUAAAAUGAAGACCAAAGACCAGCCUUUACAGCAUUUCUUAAUAUACUAUUUUGCAGCGCUGAACUGAAUCUGUUCCUCUAAAUAUUAAAGAUAAGGUGGGGAGGGGGAAAAUCUAUGAUUUUCCAGAUAAAAUAGGUACCAAAUUCUAUCACCAACCAAUUUAUGAUGUUCCUAUGUGCAUCUUUUAUGGAUUUGGGGCAGGGAUACCGUUAGUUUCAGACUAUGCUUUGGUAUAUGAAGAAGUAAUGAAGCAGUUAUAUAGAUAUGCUUUAAAAAUGCUUAAUUUGCUGCAUAGUGACCUUCAACAAAGGUUUCUGGUCGAUAUAUGAAGUUUGGCUUGCAUUAUUGCGAUUUGCUUUAAAUAGCAUUGCUUCCUGGAACCAAAAGGUGUUGCUGUGCUUCAGUGCAGGGCUUGGUUUUCUAUUUCAGUAUAUGCAAAAUACACUUUUGUGUAUUUUGCUUAUCUUUGUUUAUUCUCUCACCCUCCCAAAAGUACCAUUGCAUUAGGUCACCUGAAGUAAAUGUCACUAGCAGCUAGCUCAUAUUACCUAUUUAAAAAAUGGGUGCGGUUCCUACUCAAGAGAACUUAAAAUAUUCACAGGCUAUAUGAGAGAACUUUUAUGCGUAAAACGUGAAGUCAUUCAUUCAAAAUGUAUAUACAAGUAGCUAGAUAACAUGAAGUCACCCAUGACUUCUACCAGUUUGACCCUCUUUCUUUCAUGUAGCCCUAAUACUUGCAGGCCUGGGUUGGAGUGGGAGACUUUACCAAGCACCAUAAGCGGUCUUGUCUGCACCCACUCACUUGACAACAGUCAUUUAUGUCUGUCUGAUAGACAGAGACACUUCCCUUCCCCCUUUCCAAUGAUAAAUUGAAUGGCCUUAGUAACUGUCUCUCAAUCUGUUGUUUAGUCGUUUAGUCGUGUCCGACUCUUCGUGACCCCAUGGACCAGAGCACGCCAGGCACUCCUGUCUUCUGCCUCCUGCAGUUUGGUCAGACUCAUGUUGGUGGCUUCAAGAACACUGUCCAACCAUCUUAUCCUCUGCCGUCCCCUUCUGCUUGUGCCCUCAAUCUUUCCCAGCAUCAGGGUCUUUUCCAGGGAGUCUUCUCUUCUCAUGAGGUGGCCAAAGUAUUGGAGCCUCAGCUUCACGAUCUGUCCUUCCACUGAGCACUCAGGGCUGAUUUCCUUCAGGAUGGAUAAGUUUGAUCUUCUUGCAGUCCAUGGGACUCUCAAGUCUCCUCCAGCACCAUAAUUCAAAAGCAUCAAUUCUUCGGCCUUCUCGGUAGUGGCGCCCGCCCUGUGGAACGCGCUCCCAUCUGAUGUCAAAGAGAACAACAUCUACCAGACUUUUAGAAGACAUCUGAAGGCAGCCCUGUUUAGGGAGGCUUUUAAUGUUUUAAUGAUUACUGUAUUUUAUUUUUCUGUUGGAAGCUGCCUAGAGUGGCUGGGGAAACCCAGCCAGAUGGGCGGGGUAUAAAUAAUAAAUUAUUAUUAUUAUGAUUAUGAUUAUUAUGAUUAUGAUUAUUAUUAUUAUUAUUUGGCGGCCAGCCUUCUUUAUGGUCCAGCUCUCACUUCCAUACAUCACUACUGGGAAAACCAUAGCUUUAACUAUACGGACCUUUGUCAGCAAGGUGAUGUCUCUGCUUUUUAAGAUGCUGUCUAGGUUUGUCAUUGCUUUUCUCCCAAGAAGCAGGCGUCUUUUAAUUUCGUGACUGCUGUCACCAUCUGCAGUGAUCAUGGAACCCAAGAAAGUAUAAUCUCUCACUGCCUCCAUUUCUUCCCCUUCUAUUUGCCAGGAGGUGAUGGGACCAGUGGCCAUGAUCUUGUUUUUUUUUUAUGUUGAGCUUCAGACCAUAUUUUGUGCUCUCCUCUUUCACCCUCAUUAAAAGGUUCUUUAAUUCCUCCUCACUUUCUGUCAUCAAGGUUGUGUCAUCAGCAUAUCUGAGGUUGUUGAUAUUUCAUCCGGCAAUCUUAAUUCCCGUUUGGGAUUCCAGAAUGAGCCAUUUCUCAGUUGUUGAUUUAAAAGAGCCCACAGAUUUCUUCACAUUGUUCUCUCCCACCACAUAAUCAUAAUAAAAUCAUAAUAAAAGAACUUCAUGUAUGAAGUCUUUGGAAUUUAGAUUUACCCCCAUGUAAACCAUGUAUUUUUACAAAGCAAGCAAACAAAGCUUCAAUUAAUACUAUUUCUCCAAAAACAGUUCUAUGAGACAAAAUUAGUCCAAUUCCAUUUAACCAUUUUAUUAAAAAUAACAACCAAAAAGCAAUUAUGAAGAUAUUUGCCUGUAAAACAAGAAUUUUUUUUAGUGAGGCAGCAGCUUAUCACAUAGUCAAGUGUCUCACAUGGUAUAGAUCCAGUGGUGUUUUUGUUUUUCUAGAAAAAGGUGCUGGAGCUUACCAUGAACUUUUCUUAGGAUGACAAUGGUGCCUACCUGAGAGGGGCCAGAGCUGAGCUCCAGUGAGCUCUGACUGAAAAAAAGCCCUGUGUAUAUAUAUCUUUUAGUGAGACAGAAGCUACUGUCCUCCUUAAAAAUAGAAGCACUAUAAAAUGCUUCUUAUAGUGCUUCUUAACGAGCAAUUAUGUAUUGUGCUUAAAUAUCACCUUAUAACAGAAACACGCCAUUCACUAUGCAAAUCUUCAUGCUGCUGCUUACAUCGCACAAUCCAUUGUCAACAGCCCAAAGCCCAAUACAGCGGUUUGUGUGUUUGUGUCAGACUCUCAGGUUGCACAUCUAAAUCUUGAAUCAGCACAACAUGCUUGAAUCAGCAAGGCCAUAUGAGACCCAGCCCAUCCCUCCUUUAGGACCAGCCCAGCAGACUAACCAACUGUUACUUGUAAGUCACAGUUCUCAGCUUAAACAUCUCUAGUGCUUCCUUAACAACCUGCUGCCAAUCCUAUCAUAAAACUUGGGAGGUAGACCUGUUCUUUCUUGCAGAAAAGCACUAAGCUGAAAUGGCUGCAGCCGCAGGAGUGAUCCAUGGAUCAGGUCUACCUCCCAAGUUUUAUGAAGAGAAUUGCAAGUAUGUUGAUCCAUGUGUAUUUUCACUGUCUUAUUUGGUUUAUUUUUCUUUUAUUUACACCUGCCCUUCCUUGUCUGCUUUUUACAUAAUGUAGACAAAAUCAAUAGAAAAUUAGAGGCCAGGGAUGCCAUGAGUCAAAAAGUGUCAGUUAAUCCACUUGCGGAGUCUGGCAGGUAAUAGGAAGAUUAACCCAGAGUGUUUUGCGGUUCUUGUGGAGUCUUGGAAAAACUGACAGCAUCCAUGAAUGGGCUGGCUACCUCUCUCAAGUCCAGAUUAUUUGCAACAUAGCUAGGAAAGAUGCAGUCUAUAUCUGAAAAUGGAGAUUCUCCUUCCGGAAAACAAAACGAAACAAAACAAAACGAGGAGAAAACGUACAAAAAGACUGCAUCCUCAGCUAUUAAAGGUACCAUACAACUGGGAAUAGGAUACACAGUGGGGAACCUCACAUCUAAGCCAGACAGAGAUGUACUUAUGCAAGACUUCUAUGUAGUGGAAAGUGUGUUUCUUCCCAGUGAAGGGAGCAAUUUGACCCCUGCUCAUCAUUAUCCUGACUUCAGAUUUAAGACUUAUGCUCCUUUAGCCUUCCGCUACUUCAGAGAACUUUUUGGUAUUAAACCUGAUGACUACUUGUAUUCCAUUUGCAGUGAACCUCUAAUAGAACUAUCCAAUCCUGGUGCCAGUGGAUCCUUGUUCUUUGUCACUAGUGAUGACGAGUUCAUAAUCAAAACAGUUCAACACAAAGAAGCAGAGUUUCUUCAGAAGCUGUUGCCUGGCUACUACAUGAAUCUCAACCAGAAUCCAAGGACACUCCUACCAAAAUUUUAUGGACUGUAUUGUGUUCAGUCGGGAGGUAUUAAUAUCAGGAUAAUUGUGAUGAACAAUGUUCUGCCUCGAUCCCUGAAAAUGCAUUUCAACUAUGACUUGAAAGGAUCCACCUACAAAAGGAGAGCAUCCAGGAAGGAGCGGGAGAAGUCCAACCCCACCUUUAAAGACUUGGAUUUUCUUCAAGACAUGCAUGAAGGAUUAUAUUUUGACUCGGAGACUUACAGUGCACUCAUGAAAACACUACAGAGGGAUUGUCGAGUACUGGAAAGCUUUAAAAUAAUGGAUUAUAGCUUGCUGCUGGGAAUCCAUAUAUUGGACUGUGCUGCAAGAGAGAGAGAAGGUGAAACUUCUCAAAAUACGUCGGAUUCUAAACGCCCAGGAGGACAGAGAGUUCUCUAUUCUACAGCUAUGGAAUCAAUACAGGGUCCAGGAAAAACUGGGGACUCUGUCAUCACAGAGAGUACCAACACAAUGGGUGGCAUUCCGGCUAAAAGCCACAAAGGAGAAAAGCUGUUGCUAUUUAUGGGUAUUAUUGAUAUCCUGCAGUCUUACAGGUUAAUAAAGAAGCUGGAGCAUUCUUGGAAAGCACUUGUUUAUGAUGGGGACACAGUUUCAGUACACAGGCCAAGUUUUUAUGCUGAUAGGUUUUUAAAGUUUAUGAGUUCCAGGGUGUUCAAAAAGAAUCAGGGUUUAAAGUCCUCUCCCUCCAAGAAACGAUGUAAUUCCAUUGCUGCUUUAAAAGCUACAUCACAAGAAUUUGUUUCUGUGGUUAGCCAAGAUUGGAAUGAUGAAAAUCAUGACUUGCUUACUGAGGGGCAGAGUUAUUGUAGCCUUGAUGAAGAAGUAUUAGCCUCCCGACAUCAGCCAGAUUUAGUGCCAAGCACACCUUCCCUUUUUGAAGCAGCAUCUUUAGCAACCACAAUUUCUUCUUCUUCUUUGUACGUAGAUGACAAUUAUCAACAUGAUGGAACUCGGUUUUAUUCUAACAGUAAAGGAUUGCCUUCGAGUUCAACAUUCACCUUAGAAGAUAGCGCUAUCUGCUUGACCUCAGAACAGAGCACAGUAGAAACAGAAAAUGAUAAUGCUUCUGUGCUGGAUGUAUACUUAUAAUAGAUCAUAAAAGAAGAAAAAGAUGAAUGUUAAGAAUGAGACUAUUUGAAGAAAAGCACUUUCUGCACUCCAGAUUUACAAGGAAAAUUUUGCUGAGCCGAGGAAACAAAAAGUCAUAAGCAACAGAACAUCUGUGAAAACAACAGAGGAUUCCUGAAGCCUCGAAAUGCCACCUUGGACUCAGCAGAUGUGAAAGGAAACAUUUCACACUUUGCUAGGAUGUGCUGCUGCCGAACUGUGAAGAAUGCAUACAUUGUACUAAAGCUGCUCUUUCUUCUAUUGCCAAUCAUCUUUUCAAGGCUUGGAAGUAAUAUUUUCCUAUUGACUCUCACAUGAUUUUUUUUAUUUGCAUGUAUUCAGUGAUUAUGCACAAAUAUGUAAUCUGCUUUGCCUAUUUAAAGAGUCAUCAUCAUCACAGUGGUGAAUAUUAUGUUAAUCAAUUCUGCUUUCCCCCAGAAUUAAAAUUGCUCACCUAUUACUUUCAUACAAGGGUUAGUGUAAUAUGUUUGCACAUAGUUUAUGGAAAGCUAUCUUCUAUAAAAAAAAUAAUUCACUGUUUAUUAGUGAAAUGAAAAGCUAUUUAUAACAAGGCCUUAUGUUGUGUACAUAUAUUGUCUUUGAAAUAUUUGUGAUUAGAUAUAUUGCUUGUAAAGGACAAAAUUACAUAAUUUAUUUAGUAUAUUCUACUGUAAACUAUAGUUUUAUUGACAAAAAAUAAAGUAUUUUGUUCUCAAAACAAGUGUUGCAGAUAAUACUGAUGCAUUAUCUUCUUGAGCAAAUCCCAUAGCUCGCAAGAAGUAUUUUCUUGACGCCUUGUGUGUGACAAUAGAUGAUGACUACAUUGAACUGGAACCAGCUGCCCACAGACAUGGAGAGGAAGGCAAGAAGGAUAUGUUGACAUCAGAGCAUAACAAAACCUUAAUGCCUGCAGGUUGUAAUUUGCAUCUAAUGUUUUGAUGUUUUCUUUGAUUAGAAAAUUGUCUCAAAGAAACUAGGAAGAGAUUGAAUGGCCUCUAAUGGUUGCUUUUGCCUCACCCACCCCCAUUUUCUUUCUUCCAGUAAGUUUUGGCUGUCACUAUUUGCCACACACCAAACUACAGAAACAGUGAUAAAAGAGCAAAAAGCACAGACACCCCCUGCGAUGAAAGACCCUGGCUUCGGUCUUCUUUAUUCUACUUCUCA